GGUAACAGUUUUAAAACUAGCUCUCCUGCGAGUCUUUUUCCUCCCAGUUUACAUGCGCUGGUGGAUCCAACAAACAAACAAAACAAUAUUCCUUGUAUUUCUUUUGUUGUAUGUUCUUCAGAUACUUAUCUUAACAUGUUACACCACUGCUACUGACGAUCAACCUUCGUCAGUCUCCAUGAGCGAGCUAGUGUUACCAGGAGUAAUGUUGGUCUACCUUGGAAUCAUUCACUGUCAAGUCGUUUCGACAAACUUUGUCAACGGGAGCGACAACAAACGUUUAACACCCGAUAUGAACAAGUCAGUACGAAAUAUUUUGGCUUCGAAGGUUGCAACAAAGUUCAAUGAAAGUUUCACAAAAGAAACCCCAAAUACUGAAGACGACUUAUCCAGUGAUACGGACCAAUCUAAAGACGAAGUAAGAAGUUCAUCUUCAAGUCUUGGCAGCAGACACCAUCUAUCAAGUUACAAGAACAUUUCAGCCACACGUCUGGUACCGGGGUCGAGCUCAACUUCAAAUAAGAUUAACGUUCGUUUGUGGGAGAAUGGAAGGUGGCAGAAGGUGCGCGCUUCUAUCGUGGAUAUCGGGAGCAUAAUCAUGAAAAAGGCACAUGGUAUCGCACCUGAGAGCUACGACAUAGAAAGCCUAAUGUUUAUAUUCGUGAUCCCACUGAUGCCGUUAACAUAUAGAUGCAUUCAAUACCAGGAUAAAAUCGAAAUCUGGUCAAUAUAUGACGUAACAAUCGAAAAAACAAUUGAAUUCAUUGAUGGUAAUAGUGACGUAACAAUGGUGAUUGUGAUGGCUGGAAUAACCAUUCAACGUAUAUUGUUGGGGACAAUGUUCUUUGUCGUGUUAUGCGCGGCACAGCGUACGUUUCAACGGCGAUUCUUCUUCGCCAAGUAUUUUACUCAUGUUACUUCAAGCAGAAGAGCCAAAAAAUCAGAACUUCCUCAUUUUCGCUUGAAAAAGGUACAAAACAUUAUGCUUUGGCUUUCCCUCCGUUCAUAUCUACAACGUAGAGGUCCGCAACGCUCAAUAGACGUCAUCGUAUCUUCAACCUUUUUAUGCUCUAUCGGUCUCCUAUGUUUUAUCACUGUACAGUUGAUGCAUUCAUCUGAAACCUUUACGUCUUCAUUGUUGUACUGGGAGUGCUUGGUUUGGUUGCUAGCUCUUGCUGUGUUUCUACUACGUUUCAUAACAACUGGGGCAAAGAUAAAUAAGAAAUACAGCAACACGUCUGUUCUUCUAACCGAACAAAUUAACUUAUACCUGCAGAUGGAAAAGAAACCGCAUAAAAAGGAAUCUUUUCAAAGAGCCAACAAUGUACUGACUCUUGCCGCAAAGUUAAUCAAGGAGAUUGAAACGCCGUUUAAUAUAUACGGGUUAUCAAUGAAUCCGAUAUUAUACAACAUCACACGGGUGGUCGUUCUAUCAGCUUUCUCUGGUGUUAUAAGUGAACUACUAGGGUUUAAACUAAAGGUGAGUUGGUUUAUCAUACGUUACGUGUUUUACUAUCAGAGCCAGGCUUCAAAAUCUGGUGAUGUCUAUGUAGUAGCACCCAGGGUGUUGCAGUAGCAUCACACAUGGUUUAAGACAGUUAGGAUUGGUGACAUGGCACAGAGAAAAUGGUUCCGACGCUGCUACCACGUGGGGUAUGUGUCCUUAGGCAAGACACUUAAUGGCAAUUCCUCCAACCCAGUGGUCACUAAUGGCUUGUCUAAAUCA